AUGUCGUUUCCGUUUCGCAUCGUGGAACAUGUCGUUCCCGGCCAGUAUCUCCGAGAGUACCCACGAGCGACAUCAACAUCACAAGAAGGGACACUGUAUCUUGCUGUGAAACAGUAUAUACCGUUGGAUAAUCCUCAUCCGCAAGCGGGAGAUGUUACUUUCAUUGCAGCGCAUGCGAAUGGAUUUUCAAAGGAACUCUAUGAGCCGCUCUGGGAAGAUAUUUAUGCUCAGUCACAAAAGUAUGGCUUCAAAAUACGCAGCAUCUGGAUGGCGGAUGUGGCGCAUCAAGGCCAGAGCGGAGUGAUUAACGAAAAUAAACUUGGAAACGAUCCAAGUUGGUUUGAUCAUUCCCGAGAUCUGUUGCACCUUAUCAACCUCAAGCGUGAGGAGAUGCCACGUCCAAUUGUAGGAAUUGGCCAUAGCAUGGGCGGAGCACAGCUAACAUACUUGUCUCUUCUACAACCACGCCUUAUCCAUAGUCUAGUACUAUUAGAUCCCGUCAUUCAGCGUGAGUCCACCCAAUAUCCCGAUCAAUUCAAGGGCCGUUAUGUCCCCACGAACACCAUCCUCUCAACACACCGACGAGACAUAUGGCCAUCCCGAAAAGCAGCGGCAGAGAGCUUCAAGCGAAGUCCAUUCUACAAAGCUUGGAACCCACGUGUUCUCGAGAGAUGGGUUAAAUACGGACUUCGAGAAUUACCAACCGUCGUGUAUCCGGAACAGCCUAAACAACCACAAACAUCGUCAGAGGACGAUGAUAAGCCCGUUACACUUACCACGACACGGCAUCAAGAAGUCUUUACCUUUUCAAGACCUAAUUAUGAUUAUGAUAGCAAGAACGAAAAACCUGCCAAUCGCAUUGAAACGCCAGAUCUUUUACCCAAUGGGCCAAAUACGUAUCCAUUCUACCGCAUGGAGCCCAACUACAUCUUCUCUCAAUUACCCCGCGUCAGACCUAGCGUACUAUAUAUCUUUGCAGGGCAAUCAUUCAUGUGUACACCGUCCAUGAUGCAGGACAAAAUGGACAACACGGGAAUUGGCCAAGGUGGCAGUGGCGGCGUAGCAGCCGGAAGAGUCAAAUCGGUUUAUUUCAAGGAUAAGGGACACUUAUUGGCGCAAGAAGCAGUUGCGGAAUGUGCUCAGGCAGCAGUCGAAUUUUUUGGUGAAGAAUUGCAGCGUUGGAAAGAAGAAGAGGCUGCAUUCCAGAACACUUGGAAUAAGAAAACACAGAGAAAGAAAUCGACUGUUGAUGAACGGUGGUUGAAGGAAGUUGGGCCGCCUCCUGUGAAGGGUGCGAAGUCUACGGAUGGAAAUUCCAAGCCGAAGCUGUGA